CGCUGCUGCGCAGUAGCGAUGUACGGGCACGCUGAUGAACCGCUGUGACUGUCUGCAUUCAGGGGCUGACGCUGUUCACAUCGUUUAAUUUUAUUAACGCUUUACAUUAAAAACAUUGCUGAUACACAACGCGUUCAACCGCCGUCGUAGUAAUCCAGGUUACACAGUCUGCAACAGCAUUGAGAGCGAAGCAUGCCGGCACUAAGCUGUAGGUUUUACCAGCACAAGUUCCCUGAGGUGGAGGAUGUGGUGAUGGUGAACGUGCGCUCCAUUGCGGAGAUGGGCGCCUACGUCAGCCUGCUGGAGUACAACAACAUCGAGGGCAUGAUCCUGCUGAGCGAGCUGUCCAGGAGGCGCAUCCGCUCCAUCAACAAGCUCAUUCGCAUCGGCCGCAACGAGUGCGUGGUGGUCAUCCGAGUGGACAAAGAGAAAGGUUAUAUUGAUUUAUCUAAAAGAAGAGUUUCUCCAGAAGAAGCAAUCAAGUGUGAAGACAAAUUUACAAAAUCCAAGACUGUUUACAGCAUCCUGCGCCAUGUUGCAGAGGUCCUGGAGUACACAAAGGAUGAGCAGCUGGAGAGCCUGUUCCAGAGGACAGCCUGGGUCUUUGAUGAGAAGUACAAGAGGCCAGGAUAUGGAGCCUACGAUGCCUUCAAGCAGGCCGUCUCAGACCCAGCCAUUCUGGAUUGCCUUGACUUGACUGAGGAAGAAAAGAAUGUACUAAUUGAUAACAUCAACAGACGGCUCACUCCACAGGCAGUCAAAAUCAGAGCAGAUAUCGAGGUUGCCUGCUAUGGAUAUGAAGGAAUCGAUGCAGUUAAAGAGGCUUUGAGAGCCGGGCUGAGCUGCUCCACAGAGGCCAUGCCUAUUAAGAUCAACCUGAUCGCUCCCCCGCGGUACGUGAUGACCACCAUGACACUGGAGAGGACCGAGGGCUUGUCCGUUCUUAACCAGGCCAUGUCUGCCAUCAAGGAGAAGAUCGAGGAGAAGAGAGGUGUCUUCAACAUCCAGAUGGAGGCCAAGGUGGUGACGGACACUGACGAGACGGAGCUGGCUCGGCAGCUGGAGCGGCUGGAGAGGGAGAAUGCGGAGGUCGAUGGGGACGAUGAUGCUGAAGAGAUGGAGGCUAAAGCCGAGGAUUAAACCCCUCCAAACAAGGAGACCACAACCAGACCAACACACAACACAGACUGAACCCAGUAUUGAAUUCAUCCCAAAGUACUUCAGUUGAAAGUAUUCAAAAUACCGACGCAUAAACAAAUACACACAAAGCUGUUUAAUACCUAGGAUUUUAUUGCUGUGACUGCGGUGGCAGUGGCCUUCCCGAGUCAGACCCUUUCUAAAGAAGUUCUUACCAUUCUGUUAUUGAUGUUGAAUUUUCAGGGGAGGGAAGAGGCUGGGGAUUACAUUUCAGUCUGUCAGGAUUCAGUGCUUUAAUAUACAUAAAGUGCUUUGCAAUAAUGUUAUUGCAGUGGAGUCGUCCUCUGAUUGAAUACCUAUUAAACAAAUAAAGCUCUGGUACAUUUAAUUGAAAA